CACCUGCUCCCACACUCCCACCUCCUUGUAGGAACCGACAACUUUGUGUGUGAGUUUGUGCAACAAAGCAGGAACGCUCGAAGGCUUAGGAUUAAACGCUUUGAUACAAACUGGUGCGCUUCUACCGUCUCUGCUGACAGGCAGCAGGUUAACGCUUCUGUCCCGCUCAUGUUGGUCACCUUGAGCAAAAAACCAGAGUGGAUGUCUUAAACCAUGAAUGUCUUGGGAUCUCCAUCAAGGCUAGCCAAUGGAGUGGCAAGAUCGGACAGCAAGAUCAGCGCUAAAGCCCUCUUUGAGCAAAGAAAAAAAUAUUCUAACUCCAAUUUUAUCAUGCAUGAGACGUCCCAGUAUCAUGUUGAGCACCUCUCCACCUUCAUCAUGGACAAGGCCGAGUCCAUUAUCACCGUGGACGACGCCAUCAAGAAACUAGUCCUGCUUGAUUCAAAAGACAAAAUAUGGACCCAGGAAGUGCUCCUGCAAGUCACUGAUAAGGCAGUCAGGCUGCUGGACUGUGACACACAGGAAGAGCUGGAAAACUUCCCCCUUAGCACCAUCAAAAUGUGUCAGGCCGUAUCGAAUAAGACGCGAUACGCUUCCAUGCUGCUGCUGGUGUGCCAGGACAACGAGCAGCACAAGCCAGACAUUCACUUCUUCCACUGUGACGAGGUGGAGGCUGACUUGGUCCACGCAGAUAUAGACAGUGCCCUCGGAGACAACAAACAUGGCAAGAAAAUGCGGCUGCACACACUCAAAAUCAACCAGGAGAAGAUGAAGCAUCAGAGGGAGACCAUUCUCCCAAAGUCACCCCGAAAGGGGCCCCCGCCUCUUGCAAAGGGACGCGUCGCUGCCCCAAACCCACAAGAAAGACGAAUCUCUGCACAAAAUGACCCAGAAUCACAUGAAAGGUUGGCCCAGCGCAUUGAGAAGGAUGUGCAAAUCCUCAACUCUGCACUGGACGAUAUUGAGAUUUUUGUGGCGCGGGUUCAAAAGGCCAACGAAGCAUUUUCCCAGCUCAACCAGCGCAACAAGAGUAAGAAGAAUAAGAAGAAAGGACCAGCAGAGGGCAUGCUGACCCUGCGAGCCAAGCCCCCCUCUGAAGAAGAGUUCAUUGAUAGCCUGCAGAAACUCAAGCUGGCCUUCAACCUCUUGGCCAAACUGAAGAAACACGUCCAGAAUCCAAGUGCGUCAGAGUUGGUGCAUUUCCUUUUCGGCCCUUUGGAAUUGGUGCUGCAAAGCUGUGGGAGUCCUGAGCUGGCGCGUUCUAUUAUCUCCCCCCACCUCUCCAAAGAUGCUGUCGACUUCCUGCAUGGUCACCUGUCCCCUAAAGAGGCCACCAUCUUCGGGCUUCUUGGGGAAGGAUGGACCAAACCAAGAGCUGAAUGGCCGAGGGAUCAGUGUGCUCCUCCUUACUAUCCAAAGUUCCGCAAUGGCUGGGAGCCUCCAGCGGAGCUCUUCAACACGGCCCCGUGGGAAACAGAGGGUCCCAACGGGCCCCCGAGUUCCCCCAUCAGCCCUGAUUACAGGAAGCACUCCUCUGAUGAUUUUUAUGGAACCCAGUCCUUGAAUGGGUCUUACAAUGGGAUGCCUCCCACCCGGAAAUAUGCCAAAAUCCGCUACCACUUUGUGGCACGGAAUGCCAACGAGCUGUCAGUGCUGCAGGACGAAAUUCUAGAGGUGAUAGAGGACGACAAACAGUGGUGGAAACUACGGAAUCGUAGUGGCCAGGCAGGCUACGUUCCUUAUAACAUCCUGGAUGUUGUCAAGAUAGAAGAGCCUAAUGGCAUUUACAGCCCGCAUAGCUACGGUGCAUCAUCCCCUGGUUCCCUCAGCCCAAGUGAUAGCUUCAGCAAAGGUCGACACAAAGACAAAAUGAUGGACGAGGUCAACAAUGAGCUUCUGAUGAUGAUCACCGCUAACAAAAGCCAGCCACCCGCUAGGAAGUUUCGUGUGGAGCGAACGGCCGCCAGUAAUGUGCCUCUCUCCCACAUCUCCAGUACAGAGCAAGUCAAGACAUGGCUCAGUGCGAAGGGAUUCUCCGAGAGCACAGUGGAUUGUUUGGGGGUCCUGACUGGAGCUCAGCUCUUAUCUCUCAACAAAGAAGAGCUGAGGACGGUGUGCGGAGACGAAGGCAGUCGUGUCUACAGUCAAAUAACUGUCCAGAAGACGCAAAUAGAGAAGUCCAUCGGCGAAACUGAGCUUCAGGAGAUCAUGAAACGCAGACAGGAGCGAAUCAGCUCAAGCGGUGCAGAGUGAAGCUUCUCAACAACACCCGUAUAAUUUCACAAUCAAUCUGCUGUUAAUUCUGACCUACAUAGCGGACUUCAUCCACAUGUUGUACACAUUUUUAAUGUAUAUUUAUUACAUAUCUCCCGCUGUGUAUGUAUUCAAAUUGAUUUGUUUACCUAAUGUUUUGACUUGUGUGAAUAAGUAAGUGUUGUACCUAUAGUUGUGUGUGUGUGUGUGUGUGCGUACGUGACUAAUGCUAUUUUUGUCAAUAUUGCAGCUGUUAAGUGAAUGAUAUUGUUGCCUAAUUUGUGCCAGGAUGUUUCACAUUCUUCUGCUAUGUAGCCAAUCAUUUGAUAUUAGUGUUUACAGUGAGAAUACAUGACGCUAACAGAAAUAUCAUCAUCCAAUUGGAGAUCCAAUGUUUAUUUUCACACAAGUAUAUACUCAACCGAGAAAUGUACAAUCAUUCUGAAUGGAGUCUGUAAAUUACAGUCAAAUGCUGGUGUUAUUGGUAUCGUGUUGUAUUAUUCAAAGAACAGAACUAUCAAAGUACCUUUUCACCAAGUCAAAUAGUUUUGGUACAAUAAAUGUAUGAUGCUGUAAUCAAAUGGACUGUACAUAUGAUAAAAAAAAACCUGAUUAAAAGUUGGUAAAUGUUUGAUACCAA